AUGUCACUCUCUUCUGCUCAAAGAGUUUUUCUUGAAUCAACAGCAUCGGUAGAUCCAGAAGGACAUAAACCUGUUAUUUUAUGUCUUCAUCAAAUUUUCGGAAGCGUAUACACAUGGAGACAUCUCAUGCAACCACUUGCUAAUGCUACAGGUUGUCAUGUAAUAGCUUACGAUAGGGUAACUUGGGGUUUCACCGAAAGGCCAACACAAUGGGAGGAAGGCAAAAAUCCUUAUACACAAGAAGCUUCAUGUGAAUUUGUAUUGAGGUUUUUAUCAUGUUUAGGAUAUGCAAAUAAAAAGAUUAUAUUUGUUGGAUCAUCUGCUGGUAGUGCAAUUAGCUGCUAUCUCUCAAUAAAAUAUCCACAUAUUGCUUUUGCUUUAAUUUUUCUUGGUCCUGCUAUAAAACCUUUAAUGAUUGAAAAUAUUAAUCAAUAUAUUUAUGAGUCAGGUUUAGAGUCACCCUCAGAAAAUGACAAUAAUAAUGCGUCAUCAUUUUUAACAGAAAUAUCUCAUUCAAAAGAAAAACAACAAACAAAAUCCUCAGAAUUGGAAAUAUCACCACCUGUUCGCCUUCCAACAACACCCGAACAAUCUCCAACUAGAAGGAAAAAAUCUCGUGAAGACAAAGAUUCGAUAUUUUCCUUGUUUUUUGGUUCUGCCUCAAGACCUUCCUCACCAAGCUAUGAGCCAAUUUUACAAACGAUGAAUCAUUUUACUUCUAAAUCAAAUAAAUCGAGAAAUUCUACUUUUAUUAGAAAACAUUCAGCUGAAAAUCUCAAAUCUGCUUUAUCUUUACCACAAACUGAUGGUCCAAGAAGAAAAUCUUUUGAUUCUGUACAAAACGAUAUAAAUGCUAAUUAUGUGGGUUAUUUCCCUCCUCCCGAAAUAGCUCAUUUUACUCAUCAACAAUCUAUUCAUCAAUCAUCGCCAUCAUCAGCUGAUUUUAGAAUUCAUCGACGCACAAGAAGUUCAGAAAGUGAUUCUGUUUUAGAUUCCGGUAGCUUACAUUCAACCGCUAGUAGUAAUACUCUAAUAAAUCCAACCCCUACUAAAGAAAAGAAAACUAUUUUCCCCAAAUGGUUUAUUAGAAAAGGAUCAAAAGAUAAAGAAAUACCGGCACCACCAGAAGCUUCUUCUCGUAAAAACUCAGAUGCAGAACCCUACAUACAUACUAAUUUGGUAAUAACACCAACAUAUGAUAGGGAUGAUCCUUUUGGAUCAAUUAUUACUCCUACUUAUCCUAAAUCUGCUACAUUACCUGGAAAAAAUGACAUUCCUUGGAUUAAAUCAAAAAAAGAUAAAUCAGGAAAAAAAAAGGAUUUGAUUUUAAAUGGAAUCAAUCUUGAUACCGAUUUUGUUGAUAUGAAUGAUAUUAUAAGAAAUCCAAAUUACAUGUUAUACGAUGAACUCCAACCAGAAAAAUCAUUCUACGAUGGAUCAGAAAUAUGGUCUCCACCUGAAUCAUGGGCUUUUACCAUACGAAUUUUUCGUCCUGAUUCAACUUUUGGUACCGUAAAUUGUUCAUUAAAUACUACCACUGCUGAAUUAUGUCAAAUGUUGGGGAAAAAAUUCUUUGUUCAAGAUAUCUCAAAAUAUAAUUUAUUUGUAAAAAGACACUAUUUAGAACGUGUGCUAACUUCUCAUGAAAGACCAUUAAAAUUACAAAAAAUAUGGCUUGAACGAGCAGGUUAUACUGAAAAAGAUAAUUUAGAAGAUCUGGGUAGAGAAGAUAAUAGUUAUUUGGUUCGUUUUACAUUUCGUGAAACAACCGUACCGAGAUUCGAGGAAGAAGUUAAUAUCUCAAAUUUUCAACAUGUUGACCUUCAGGCACGCAAUUUACAAACUAUCCCUAUAUUUCUUUAUAAACAUGCCCAUGUCAUUCGAUCACUUAAUGUUUCACAAAAUUUGAUGCUUGACCUUCCAACUGAUUUUAUACAAUCAUGUACUCAACUUCGUGAGCUUCACCUAUCUUCAAAUGAUCUUGAACGAAUUCCUCAAUCUGUAAGACAAUCUGAACUGCUAUCGAGCCUCAAUAUAAAUUCAAACAAGCUCAAAGAUUUAGAUCAUGCUAAACUUGAUAAAAUUAAAGGCAUAUUAAAUCUUCAAGUAGAAAAUAACAUGCUUCAAAGUUUGCCAGAAUACUUUGAACGAUUCACCACUCUUAACUUUCUUAAUAUUGCCAAUAAUUCUUUUACGGAAUUUCCAUUGGUUAUUUGUAAAAUAACAACACUUUCAAAACUAGAUGUUAGCUUCAAUAAAAUUUCCUCUAUCCCUGAUGAGAUUGGUCAACUAGUCCACUUAAAAAGACUAUUUAUGAUAGGAAAUCAACUUGCAGAUUCAUUACCUAACAGUUUUAAAAACCUAACCUCUUUACGAGAAUUAGAUAUUCGUAAAAACAAAAUUCAAAAUUUAGAUGUAAUUUCUUCAAUGCCAAACAUUGAACGUUUAUUAGCAGAUUCAAACAAAAUCAGCAUGAUAAAUCUUUCUUCAAGAACACUACAACAAUUAAUAUUGUCUAGUAAUCGUUUUACACAAUUUGGGUUGUCUGCGCCAGCAACUUGUCUUACAGUUCUUUCUUUAGCACACUCAAAGCUUACCACAUUGCCCGAUGAACUAUUUGAAAACCUUCCUGCAAUUGAAAAAAUUGAUCUGAGCAAUAACCAAUUUGUUUCGCUUCCAAAAACAAUCGGAUUAUUAACAAGAUUGACACAUUUGUCAUGCGUAAACAAUAUUCUCUCUGAGUUACCUGGCGAAAUUAGUACUUUAGUGUCUUUACGAGUAUUAGAAAUUCGUAAUAACAAUUUAACUUCACUUCCACAAGAAAUUUGGUUAUGUAACAAUUUAACAGUUUUAAAUGCCAACAAUAAUUUAACCGUAGAAAUAUUUCCGGCGAUUUCAUUAUUAAUGGAACUUAAAAUAUUAAAUCUUUCAUUUAAUGAUUUAGAUGAAAUUCCAACUGGCGGUUUAAUUAAUCCUUACCUGACAGAAUUAUAUCUUUCUGGUAAUCAAUUAUCAUCAUUACCUGAUGAUAUUGAAAAAUUGUCAAACUUGAGAAUUUUACAUGUAAAUGGUAAUAAGCUACAAACAUUGCCAGCUGAAUUAAGUAAAAUAAGAAAAUUGAUUGUCUUAGAUGUUGGAAGUAAUGCUCUUAAAUAUAAUAUCGCUAAUUGGCAAUAUGACUGGAAUUGGAAUUGGAAUAUGGAGCUUAAAUUUUUAAAUCUUUCUGGUAAUAAAAGAUUUGAAAUCAAACAUGCACAUGUCACAGAGAUCAAUCCACUUAGAGAUAGAAAUCUUGCAGGUUUUGGUGCUUUAACCCGACUCAGUGUUCUAGGUUUGAUGGAUAUUACACUAUUGAAUUUGACAGUACCUGAUGAAAAUGAUAAUAGGCGUAUUAGAACUUCAUCAUCCGAAGUUAAUUCUAUGUCGUAUGGAAUGGCUGAUAUAUUAGGAAUAAAGGACCACCAUCUGUCAAUAUGGGAAACUGUAAUUCCAAAAUUUCGUAGUCGUGAUGACGAAUGUUUAUUUGGCCUUUUUGAUGGGAGAAAUGGUCCGGAUCAAGGUGGUCCUGUUACCAAAUAUUUACACGAUUGGUUUCCGUAUCAUUUCAAGUCUGAGCUUGAGAAACUCAAAGACAAUGAAACAGUUGAAUCAGCAAUCAGAAGAACCUUUUUGGGUUUAAAUAAAGAACUUGGUUUAAAAGUUUUCAAUUCAAGUUUUGAGAAAGAGUAUGCCAGAGAAAACGAGAGUAAUCAUCAUCAUUCAAUAUCAUUACAAAUUGGUAAUAAUAAAUCGGGCGCUUCUGGCUUGAUAGCAUAUAUUUCAGGAACAAAAUUAUACGUUGCAAAUGUUGGUGACACCACAGCGGUCAUCAGUCGUAAUGAUGGUAAUGCACAUGUUAUUGCAAAAUGUGAAGAUCCAACCAGUACAAAUGAAUUCCAAAGAAUAAGAGAAGCUGGCGGAUUUUUAUCUCAUGAUUUUUUGGUGAAUGGUGAAUUUAGUGUUUCUAAAUCAUUUGGACAUUUUCAUUUAAUGCCAAUUAUAAAUUCUAAUCCAGUGAUUGAUGUGAUUGAAUUAUCAGAACAAGAUGAGUUUGUCAUAUUGGCAACAAAGGGAUUAUGGGAUUGUAUGAGUUAUCAGACAGCUGUGGACAUUGCACGAACUGAAAAAAAAGAUUUGAUGAUGGCCGCACAGAAAUUACGUGAUUUUGCUAUUGCAUAUGGUUCGGAAAAAAAAUUAAUGGUAAUGAUUAUUGGUGUGGGAGACCUGUUUUGUCGAAGAUCAAAACCAUCCACAAAUACAGGAGACCCUAAUUUUAAAAAAGCACAAUAUAUCACAGAAGAACCAGGAACAACCUUUUUCUUUGGUACUAGUAAGAAGCGUAUUAGAAAAGAAGAAGUCCCUAGUGAUUCAAUGAUGGCAAGAUUACAAAAAGAAAUUUCUCCGCCAACCGGACAGGUUGCUUUGGUUUUUACUGAUAUUAAAAAUUCAACAUUUUUAUGGGAAACAAUCCCGGUUGCAAUGAGACAUGCAAUAAAACAACACAAUACCAUAAUGCGUCGUCAAUUAAGGAAUAUAGGUGGUUAUGAAGUUAAGACUGAAGGAGAUGCUUUCAUGGUUUCUUUUCCAACCGUAUCAUCAGCUCUUCUUUGGUGUUUUACUGUACAACUUCAACUGCUUGAAGUUGACUGGCCCCAAGAAAUUAUCGAUUCAGAUGAUGGUAAGGAAAUUUAUGGUGGCGAAUAUAAUGAGUUGCUGCAUAGGGGCUUAUCAGUUAGAAUGGGAAUACAUUUAGGCGUACCAGUAUGUGAAACUGAUAUUGUAACAAAAAGAAUGGAUUAUUUUGGGCCAAUGGUGAAUAGAACUGCUAGAAUUUGCAAUGCAGCUGAUGGUGGUCAAAUAUGUGUCAGCUCAGAUGUCGAGGCAGAAAUAAGAUUGUUGGAUGGUCUGAUGGAUGCAAAUGAUCACGAUUCAUUGUUUAAGAAAAAUGGCGAAUAUGAUGAUUAUUCAGGGCCAUUAACAACAGUUACUACUAAUACUAUAGUAAAUAAUCCAGUUAUAUUAGAUAAAAAUCUUAUUGCAUUAAGAAAAAUGGGGUUUGUUGUUAAAAACAUUGGAGAAAAAAAACUUAAAGGAUUGGAAAAUACCGAAGUAUUAUCAUUAGUUUUUCCGGAAGCACUUAAAGGUCGAAUGGAAGAAGGUCAACAAAAUAGGAUCACACAAGAGAAUAUUUUCCCACCUUCAUGUGUGAGACAACUUGGAUAUCUUUGUUUACGUUUAGAACGUAUUACAUCAGGAAAUAUAAACAAUCAAUAUAAUUCAGCAAGAAAUUCCCGUGCAGAUUAUUUAACAGGCUUAUUAACUUUUCAUGUUAAAGAUAAUGCAGACGAUGAAGAAUUGUUAAGGAUUAUGGAAAGUUUAAUAACAAGAAUUGAGAACGUUAUAUCAGCUUUAUAUCUUAAAAAUGUUAGCAAGCAUACUCGUAUACGUGAAGAGUUUGGAGAAACUACUCAAAUUGAUCCGGAAUAUAUAAUUGAUGCAUUACGAAUGUACAUAAAAAUGGUCGGAAUUAAUAAAACAAAAAGCAAUAAAUGUGAUGGAUCACCAGCAUAA